AUGCGGAGACGAAGGCCGCAGCUGCUGCUGGCGGCGCUAGCGGCACUGCUGGUCGACAGGAUACAGGCUCAGAGCGCGUCGGCGUCGACCUCAGAGUCCGUAACGGCGGAUACGACCGCGGCGGACGACUGCUCUGCUUGCUGCGUGGCUUCCACAUCCUCAGCGUCGGCGGCGAGCGCGAUUUUGGCAGGUGGUGACCCGGACUUAUCACUUGUCUGUUGUAGUGAGCAGCAACCCCGAGACCUCUUCGGGACCGCCCACGGGGAAUGCAGCGGUCUGCCGUGCUGCGAGUAUAGCGGGCGUAAGGCUCAGAAUCACCAGGCCUGGUACCCGUGCGUGGCCUUCCCCACGUGUCAGAACGACAACACCAAACAGCCUUUUUGCAACGGACAGGACCUCUGGUACUUCAUGGAGGGCUACGACUGGACAUGUACAGACGAAUGCUGCAACGGACUCGUGCUAGACUCGAACGUAUGGCGUGGCGUGGAGAAUUAUUACCCUGGUCAGACUAAUGGCACAUUCGGAGUCACCGUCACACCCACGGACUUUUUGGAUGUAUUUUACCCCGACGGCAUGGGCGGAGAGACCUAUACUGUACACCAGAUCAUGCUUGCCAGUCCUCCUGGAUACAACUUUACGGAGGAUUGCUCGUGUUACUUGGAGCGGGUGGCGAACUCGACUCCUAACGCCCAACGUGAAAGCACGACGUGUGAAGUGUCCACUUUUUUGGGAGACAACAGGACGUACUUGACAGUGGACAUUACAGAAAACUACCAGGCGAACGAUACAUUUGUGUUCCUUUUCGACGGCGUGGUGACGCCGUCAGGUUUGAACGACACCGCCAGCCUCACGUCCAACGUGACGUACACGACCACGUCGAAUCUCACGCCCGUGUACUUCAUCUUUAACGACUCGGAGAACACCGUUUUCGACACGUACGUACGCGUUACAGACCUGACGAGCGCGACGCUGUCAAGCGGAUCGUUCCUCCCAGAGAACAUUUAUCCAGGCAACUCUGGCAACGCCACACUCACUUUCUACACGGAUGCCAACAUCCCGGAGAGUAGCUCGAUCAAAUUGACAUUUGGCGAUAAGUGGGGAUUCACUGGUAACGCUGUGUGGUCGUGGGAAACGUUCCCACUGGAUGUUCCGAGCGAGGAGGAGUUCUACGCGCUGGCGGCUGCUACCACGACGCAGACGGAGGUUGUCAGUCCAAGCAACUUCACACAAGUGUCUUACUCGUCUUCGGAUAAUACGUGGACGCUUAUCGUGGAACAACCGAUCUCGAUUGGCUGGGUGAGUCUUGGCGUGGACACAGUGAAGAAUCCUUCCGUUGCGUUUUCAGGUCUGGGCGCCACUGCCAUCGAGAUCCGUGACCCGGAGGAUCUCCUGAUUAUCGGCGGCUCCUUCUCGGCAAUCUCAGUGUAUCUGACUAUAGGCGCGACUGCGAGUCCGUACAACUACGUGACGAUGGUCGUUCUGGUGGGCUCGCUAGCAUUCUGCAGUGUGGCGAUUCGGAAAAACGGUCUCUCGUUCUCGCUGGGCUCCAUUUGGACCGAUAUCACAGCCAUCUGCACUGUGUUGGCCUUGGCCACGUCUAUUGUGAACAACUUCAUCUGGUUCCUCACUCGUGGCAGCACCUACUUCUACAUUAUGCACGCGUAUCUGUGCUUCACGUUCACGAUGCUCACAGCUGUGUGCUUCCACUGGGGAACGGUGCUGAGCUUGCGUCUUCGUAAGCUGCCCAAGCGUACAGCGAUAGUGGGGUUUGUGGCGCUCAACAUGCUCUUUUACGCCUUUCAGAUCGGCUACCUGCUCAACUACCAGACUCUCAUCUCCCGUGUGUAUGACUCGGAGAAUGAUGUCACCACGCUCGCGUACCAACAGUGUAAUGAGGACGCGGACACAUCUGCCACUGUCUUCUCGGAAAUCCAGGGCUAUCUGUGGGCAUGUUACGCCGAAGAUGACGACAAUUUCUUCCUGGUCUCGACGUCUGUCACGUACGGUAUUUUCCUCGUGCUGACGUUCGUUGUCAUGGCUCUAGGUGUGAUGGUCAUGCGACGAGGCAAGCUGCUGCUGGGCAACGCCUCGGGUCCUCACCAGGUUGUGUUAGUGAAGGCUUUACGUCUCUACUACGCUCUCAUCGGCAUCGUGACGCUGGUAUAUCUGCUCUCGUGGGUUGUGCAGAUCAUUUCACGCACUACUCGUGGCAUUGCGUACCCGUGGUUCUACAUCUUCACAGUGUGGCUGCCGUGCUCCAUUCCUCCGUGCUGUCUGAUCUUCUUGCAGUGGAAUGCUACGGCCCAAUCUCUGCGUGAUGCCAACCGUGAACUGUCCAGCGACUGCAGUCCUCUAUCGGAGUCGGGCUACGGCGAGAUCCGGACGCCCAGCUUUACGUUCAGUACGACAGAUCGAUGGACAGAGGGCUCUUUAGAGAGGAUUGAAGAGAUCAUGGCCGAGGGUGAAGCAUCGGCCGACGCAGUGUCCAGUCGACGCUCGCUGAUGAACUCGACUAUCUCUCCUACUGACGAUUACGUUGGCCUCUCUAUGGCGCUGGAGAUGAACGAAGAUUUCACUCACGGCUGCUUUAUUGCCAUCCAGCGACUGGAAAUAGAGGACGGAAGAGAAAGCACACCCACAGCGUGGCGGCAGAUCAGCAACACGGACACAGUGAUGGCGAGUGCCAAGGACGUGGCUCUAGUUGUGCUGCCCCACCAGCAGCGGUACCUCUACACGUUCUUAUCAGUGCCUCGCAUCCCUGUCGGGAGAUCGGCUGAGAAGAUGCGCUUGGUGGUGUACUCGCUCAACUCGGCUCCUGCAUCCAUCAACCACGAGGAUCACUCGGAGAUGACUGCAGCUGAAGUGCUGGCUGCUAUGGAGCGCACGCAGAGCAGUCGCGACUAUGACGACGACGAUGGAAACGACAGUCAGCACACGCUGGACUCAUCAGUGGUGGAAAUGGAGGCAUAUGGAAGGUUCCAGAGCUCGCAGGUUAUCGACGAACUGUUCGAGAUGGAAUCGCCUGGGUCCACGGAAGAUGACCCCGUGUCCGGAGUAACCCGAUCCGAAUCGAACUCGGGAUCGUCCACGGUGCCUCACAGUCUCAGCGUCGUGGCAGAAUUCACCGUGUCUACGGGUACUCUGGUGACAGCAGGUGCACGAGCGGAGCAGACUGUGCUGACGGCCACCGAGGAUUCGUACAAGCACUUCGGCCCCAGCGCUGCCCCACCGAAGCUGCUGGUGAACACGGUGAUCCCCAAGGCUGCAGGUGCCAAGUACGGCUUCAACGGAGUCGAGGGUGGUCUCCACGCUGCCGCCCCAGCGAUUAGCAAGCAGUAUCAUAUCCGUGAACAGGGCCUGCUGGUUGUAGAAGACCUCACGGAAAGCCGCUUCAGCAAUUGGAUUCCGCGUCAGAUUCUGGAGAUUAUUAUCCGAUACCGCACCAAGGAACUUCUUAUCGCCGAGAGCGACCUCGCGCGACUGGAGGCGUAUGACCGCCAGCGACAAAAAGGAUCCGACCGCGGCAUCUACGAGAAUUUGAUCCAGCAAAUCCAGGAUGACGGAGACUUGAACCGGUGUCGAGAGUGGAUGCUGCAGCGUUGUCAGGAGCGUAAGGAGUACGUUGAGUUGCUUCGACAACUGCGACGCGUGUACGUGCUUCGUGACCAGCGUAAAAUGUACUUCAAGGCCAGCACGGAGAAGAAAAACGCGCAGCUGCGAUUCCUGCCGAUCAACUUGCAUCUCCAAGAGAUGUGGGUCGGCAAUGCUGACGCCGUGGCUCAAACGAGCAUGGGUAGCAGCGGUACCUCGGAUAUUAGCGCUAGUGCAGCAGUAUACGACAUUGUGACUGUGGGCGCCAUGGCUGCUCACAUCUACAAGUUCAAAAGCGGCGGUAUCUUCGGGAUGGAGGAGCAGCAUGCGAAGCUCAAGCCGCGCGCUCGAGAGCCGCAGGGAUCGACUGCUGCACACCACCAAGUGCCGCUGUGGACGGAGGACGAGCAGAAGGCUGAUGAUGUCGAGUGGGUGCUUGGCAAGCGCAUGGACGUCUGCUUCCCGCAAGCUGUAGCCGCGCUGGUGACGGCGUUCACGCGUAAAGUGGACUUGGCGCUGCAGCACGCUAGCCCUGAACAGGGUCAGGCAAUGUUGGAGCAGCUCAGCAAGUUGGGCUUCCUGUUUGACGUGGAGAGCCUGGUGUCAACGCAUGGUAACGAGGCUGGUAUGCUGGAGGAUAUGGCUGGGGCCGUCAACGAGUUGCGCAACGUCCGCUUCGUAUUGGUAGACGAGCAAGAGGAGAUCGGCGGCGUGGACGAGGAGUCCAGUGGGAACAAGUCGCCUCGAUCUGUGUCGUACCGUCUCGAGGAGGAAUCCAAGCAUAGUCCGUCGUCGUCUGAUCCCUCUGAGACCAGCGGUAGUCAUCGCGAUGCUGCAAACAGCGAUGGAGACGAGAAGCGUCGGGAGAUGCAAGUGAAGCAGCGGCAGUCGAUGCAUCUGGAAUCGCUGGAGUCUGCGACAUCUUCGAACUCGACCAAUUCCACCAACUCCACAGGCAUCGGCGGCGUGAUCGACGUGGAUGUGUUCACCAGUAUUGACGAUGCACUUUCAGAGACAAGCUCAGCUAACGCUGGAGACUCUGAGAGAUCAGACGGAACUCCCGGAGUUGGACAGAGGCUGCUGAGUACGUUUAUCAAGGCUCGUAACCAUCGGCUACUCGGCGGACCGGGCAGCAACUGGGAGAACGUGCAGUCGUUGGCGCCAGCAUCUGUAAACAAGCUGUUCCCGUUCACCCACUUGGUCGUUCGGGUGAAAUUGCGCUCUGGGAAGGUGAAGCUGACGAAAGCGCUUCGUCAAGGCGGACCCAUCAAGGUGUGUCCCGUGCUGUUCACGCAGGGUAUUAACGAGAAGCAGACACUGGCCAACAACACUGGGUCCUCCGUAACACGACUACAGGACGUGAUCAACGCCAACAGCCUCAAGACGCUUCGAAGCUAUUGCGAUCGCUAUUGUAACUACACGUCCAUGAGGCAAAUGAAGGCGAUGCAGAAGCAGGAGAGGCAGCGAGAUGGCUCGACAGACUCGAACCGCUCACGACCGCCACCAGCGCCGAGUGCCGUGGUUACUCCGUCCGGACCGUCACGUGAGGAGGUCUAUCGCAUCCUCAGCGAACUGGAUAAGCUCAUAGGCACGGCUGGAAGACAGGCACGAAAGAAGCGCCCAGAGAUCCUUCAGCUCAGCUCUGAUCUGUGUCGCCGCAUCUCUGCUGGACGUGUGACGGUAUGCAAGUCUGCUAAGGACCGUACGGGAAUGUCGGUGACGCUGGAGCAGGGUCGCAUUCUCGUGCAACACCACGGGCUCCGCGAGCAGAAGAAGGCAGGGAUUGUGUCUGUCAUGCGCUCCGAAGGCGUCCGGAUUGAGAACGCCCUCAAGAACACGGGGCGACGUGUGUUCGCCUUCAACGCGUUGCAGCGGUCGCUGCUCCCCGAGGAGUAUCGUUGUCCACCGCAGACAAGUGGACGCAAUGUUUCGUAG